AUGGCAGACAGCGAUGAGAUGACCAUCAACCUUGUUGUCCUUGGAAGAACUCAGACUGGCAAAAGCGCUGCUGGGAACAGCCUGCUGGGCAGCUCAGACUUUGAGAGUCAUCUCUCCCCAAGCUCUGUGACUACAUGCUGCAGCCUUGGACGCAGCUGCCGCAUUUCGGGGAUUAUACGAAGAAACGGUUGUGAGCUAGCUCUCCGCGUUCGAGUACUUGACACUCCAAGCUACCCUCACAGUGGUCUGAGCAAAGAGCAGGUGAGAGACACAGUGAAAUCAGCCCUGGCUCACCACUUCGGGGAGGAAGGCCUGCAUCUAGCUCUCUUGGUCCUGAGGGCUGACCUGCCUCUGUAUCCAGAUGAAAGCGAUCACGUAAUUCAGUUCAUCCAGGAACUUCUGGGUCCCACAUGGAAGGAUUUCACUGCAGUUCUACUUACUCAUGCAGACAAGGCAGAAGAGGCUGGAUUCAGUGAGGAAGCAUACUUGCACAGUGCCUCAAGUACUCUGUUGUCACUUUUGAGCUCAGUACAGCAUAAAUACAUUUUCCUAGACAACCAGAAGAGCAUAAUUAAAAAGGAAAGAGCUAUUGUCUUAAGAAAGCUUUUGAAGUUUAUAAGACAAAAUAAUUAUCAAGUGCUUCCACUUAAACACAGCAAGGAAUAA